GGGUCUCCUUAUCACUAUGAGGGUAUAAUACAGAACCAACCACCAAAAUCUCUUCAUAUACGACCCCGCUGGCCGGUAUCUUACCUUGUUAAUUCUUCGCGAGAACAAUCCAAUAUAGAAAAUAGCCACCACAACCGGAAGAGCGCAGUCAUGCUUCUCAUUCGUGACACAGUUUUAGGAGGGCUCCUGCUCGCCCUUAGUCUACCCUCGACUGUGGUCGGGCACUCCUGGGUGGAACAGUUGACGGUCAUUGCACCCAAUGGAACAUUUGUCGGAGCGCCUGGCUACCCCCGAGGCAAUAUUCAGCGGUCCGCCUCUGGCUUCAGCGAUACCGAAAUGACCUAUCUCAUUCCCCCGAACGGCCGCGCCAAUCAAAGCCAGAUUUUGCCCACCGACAAGAUGUGCAAGGACAGUCAGCGAACGGCUAAACAGACCGAAGGAAGCCCACGACUGCAGGCCAGCGCCGGCGCUGCCAUCGCUCUUCGAUUUCAGGAAAACGGCCAUGUGACACUUCCAAACACACAGCCGGGAAAGCCCAAGAAUCGGGGCACGGUAUACGUGUACGGGACGACUGAACCAAAAGAAGAUGAGAACCUCCUGGACGUCCAUCGCGUCUGGAACCGAGAUGGUACGGGAGGCGAUCGCCGAGGCGUGCUUCUGUCCAAACAGAAUUUUGACGACGGUCGCUGCUACCAGAUCAACAACGGGGACAUUUCUGAACAUCGCCAGGCCAAAUUUCCUCACGUUGCCGAUCAGACCAUGGGCGCCGAUCUGUGGUGUCAGCAGGAUAUCGCGCUACCUUCGAAUGCGCCGUCCGGCAAGCCGUAUACACUAUAUUGGGUAUGGGACUGGCCGACGGCGCCUGGUGCGACGGCAGAGCUGCUCAAUGGAAAACAGGAGAUCUAUACCACCUGCAUGGACGUUGAUAUUGUGGACAACGGUGAUGCGACAUCGACAACCACGCAUUCACACGUCAAAGCUGGGGCUGCAGAUUAUGUGGAAGGCCAACCCUUGGACAAGGCCUCGAUCCCAUCGCAAUUUGCAGAGAUCGUGGAUUCACGUCCAGCCGCGAGCGAGUCCGGCAAGUCUGUUCUGUGCGCUGCGACGCCAGCCACCGCAUUGUCAAAACCAGCCUCCAAGACCACGUUUCUGACUAUCUAUAAGACCAUUUAUCCCAGCGCAACACCCACUCCUCGUUGAUUUCUCUAUUUCGAAAUUCAGGACUGGACUGCCUUGCUUUCCACCUAAAUAUAUCUCCCUUGCAUGUCUCGGGAGAAAAAUGGCUAGAGUGGGUUCGAUGCGCUUCGAAGCGCCAUGGCAGAUCGAACAAUCAACCUGCCGAUGCCCUUUCCUUUUUUUUUGUCUUUUGCACGGCUGGCCGAGCAGGAUAAUGAUGAGCGCUCUAUGCUUUUCUAAGUAUACUUUUGAAAUGACCAAUAGACAUCAUUUUUUUCCUUUCCUCAACUGUAUCCGAGGAU